AUGACUAGAGAGGAGUACAGGAGUAUUGCUCAGCCAUGCAGGGAUGAAAUCAGGAAAGCUAAAGAACAGUUGGAGUUGCACCUAGCAAGGGAUACAAAGGGUAACAAGAAGGGUUUCUACAAGUAUGUCAGGAACAAGAGACAGAUCAGGAAAAGUGUGAGUCCUUUACCAAAUGUUGGAGUCAACCUAAUGACACACGAUGCAGAAAAGGCUGAAGUAUUCAAUACCUUUUUCACCUCAGCAUUCACAGGCAAGCUACAACAGCAGAGACAACAGAGUUACUCUCACUGUGAGGACGAGCACUGGAGUUGGCAGUUCUGGCCCUGGAGAGUGGCAGAGAGAGAAGCAGCAGUGGAUGAUGGCAACAGAACCGGAAGUGACUGGAGUUGUCAAUUCUCUGUGGAGGACAGUGGAGAAGGGACUGGGCUCCUGGAGCAAAAGGGAGUCAGAAGAGCCCUAUCCAUGCCUGGGGUGCAGCCUGACAGGGAGCUGACCAACCCAGAGGAGCCAGUGAGACAGAAGCUGGAGAUGGUGGAGAAAGCCAAAGGGGAAAAGCAACUAUCACCUGGGGACUGGAUAUUGUCCUUCAGCAACCAUGACUGAAAAUGGAAAAAAAAAGGAGCAUCUUAGACCAACGGUUAGCAUUGUUGCGAAUUAUCAUUAGGUGAAAGUGAAGGAAGACAAACCAAAUACCUGCCUUUGUUCAUAUUCAUUGUGCAGUAUCUUAUUCGUACUUCAUCUCUUUCUACCCAGCACCACAGAAUCCAGGAAGAAUAUACCUAAAACCUCUAGCCCUCUUGGUAUUCUCUGUGUUUCCAGCACAACAGUGUCAUUCUACUUUCUCGGCCAUU